AUGCCAGAAGAACAAAGUCAAACUCUAAUGGCAGUUGAAGAACUUCAAGGCAUAAUACGAAGAUGCCAAAUUCUGGAAGAAGCCGAUUUCCAAGGAGAAGAUUUUAAUCUGUUUCAGGUAGCAGGUCAGAAAUGCUUAGAAGAUGGGUAUGCAGCUCAGUUAUUAGAAGUAAUUCAAAAUGAGAAAAAUAAGGUUAUCAUCAAGAAUAUGGGUUGGAAUCUCAUCUCUCCUCUUGUCAGAUGUAUUUUCAUGUAUGAACAGGAAGAUGAUAAGCGAGAACACUGCCUGAAGAUACUAGAGCAGUUGGCACAGCUGUGCAAUCCAAAGGAACUUUUUUUGGGCUUACUGGAGCAAAUUGAGCAGGCCUCUGGAGAGCAAGUAUGCCAAACUGUCAUGUUACUCCUGCAGCCUUUGCAGACAGUGCUUUUGAAACUUCAGAACAAGAAGGCCUACUCAGUGGGUUUGUCUUUGGCCAUGAUUAUGAACCAGCUUACUCCCUUACCUGUACCUUAUACAAAACAACAAAUACAAGAAGAUAAACUUGGUCUCUGUCGGUGUUGCAAUGCAGUGGUGGACUUUGCUAAACCUUUUGUGAACGAAGUUGUGAAAAAUAUGGAAAAGUCAUCAGAAUACAAUGACAUGGAGCUGAAAGAAGAAUUAUUAAAAUUCUGUAUGAAAAGCCUGAAAUACCCAUUACUGACAGCUCAGGUUGAGCAAGUUGAAGGCAUUGAAGAACAUCCCUUUCGGCAUUUUGCAACUGAAAUUAUAAACAUUUUGUGGGGUAUAAGAGAAUUGGUACCAUUGGUGUUUUUACAUCAUAAAGGCAAAAGUCCAGAGUGGGAGAAUCAGGAAUUUGCGGACAUAGAACGAAGUAAUUCUGCGGAUUCUUUGGCAUGUCUGUCAUAUCUGAUAUUUGUUCAGCAUUUUGGUAUCGAUUGCUUUCCGGUGGUAUUUAGUCCAUCAUACCUUCUGCAAUGCAACAUGACAUGUAUUGAAGUGCUGUUGAAAAGAACAGAAGAAUCUGUGUUAUCUAAAGGACUUGACCUGUUUGAGAGCUGUUUAUUGAGAAUGGAAGAUAACAGCCUUCUUCAUCAGUAUUUAGAAUUGAGAGAUUUUAUUAAUGUACCUCAGCUUUUGGUGAAAGUUAUGACCCUUUGUCCCAUGGAGCAUCUGAGACAGAAGAGUUUAAAUAUUUUGCAGCUGUUCAUAGACAAGUUUGACGCACAGGGAAAAUACACGUUAUUCAGGUGUUUACUAAAGACAAGCAACCAUGCUGGUGUGGAAGGAUAUGUUAUUAAAAACAUAAAAGAUCAGAUUCACUUAGCAUUAACG